CAGAUGAGCUCUGUGCUGUGCCUGCCACCCGCACUAGCAGCUCCUUGGCACUGGCACAGUAGCAGCGUGCACAUGCAGUGCCUGGCGCAAGCGGCUGCGACUCCCGCUUGGGGAAUGACAGCAAACUCCUCAAUACUUGUAGCAGUGGAUGCCAAGGGGGGCAGCCUCUGGCCAGCUUCACCUGCUUGGGUGCUGAAAGAGUCCCCUGAUCCUCUUUGCCCCUUGGAUGAGAAAGGUAUUGAGUCCUGCCCCAGCCAAGUAACAUGCCCUUUAAUAGAGCCAUCUGCCUUGUGCUUUUUGACAGUUGGACCUAGCUGAGCCAUGGGCUGAAAGAGUGAUUGAUUUUUGCUCUUUCACUGUUGUAGUCACUGGUUGUGCUAAAUAAGGGCAGCAUUUCUGCAGGCCCCAGCCUGCUCCCCGUUCUCACCCUCAGCAAUAGCAUCUCUUUCCAAGAUGGUUCUCCUAGCAGGCAGCUGGGAGGCCACAUUAAAAGACUCACUGAGCUCUCUGCACCUUCAGAAGUCCUCAAGUAAGCCCACAACGACAUGCUGGGCUCAGGGCACUGCCACAGGCAUAACGCUUUGCUCUGUGCCUCUCUCCCAAGCAGUGCACAGAAAUGCAUGAAGUGCAAGGAGGGCACCCCGGUGCUGGUCAUCCGUGUCGGAGAUGCCUUCUGCAAGGCCUGCUUCCGAGAGUACUUCGUGCACAAGUUCCGGGCGAUGCUGGGGAAGAACCGAGUCAUCUUCCCAGGAGAGAAGGUUCUCCUGGCGCUGUCUGGCGGACCUAGCUCCAGCUCAAUGCUCCGGCAAGUCCAAGAGGGCUUGAGUCGGGAGACAGCGAAGAGGCUGCGCUUUGUGCCUGGUGUCAUCUAUGUGGACGAGGGAGCCGUGUGCAGGCAGAGCCCAGGAGAGAGAGAGGACACCCUAACUCAGAUGCAGGCCCUCCUGCAGGCCUCGGGUUUCCCCCACCACCUGAUCCACCUGGAGGAGGCGUUUGAACUGCCCAGCUCCAUCCUGCAACGUGCCCCCCACACGCCCAGCCCACCUGAGAGCAGCUACAAGGCGGCAGUGGAAGGCUUCAUCCAUCAGCAGCGGCGGGGGGCGGCAGGCACGGGGGACACCGUGGCACCUGAGGGGCAGGUCCAGGAGCGGCUGGCAGUGCUUGGCAUGCAAGAGGGUGCUGCAGCCUCCCCAGGGGGCCUCUUGCCAGACAGUGCCCUCACAGAGGAGCUGAGGCGGCUCUUCCAGGCCGUGACAACGCUGACAGCCAAGGAAGAGCUUCUGCAGAUGCUGCGGACCCACCUGAUCCUGCACACAGCCCGGAUGCAGGGAUACUCCAAGGUGAUGAUGGGUGACAGCUGCACCCGUGUGGCUGUCAAGCUGCUGACCAACCUCUCCCUGGGCCGUGGCGCCUUCCUGGCCCUUGACACGGGUUUCAUGGACGAUCGCCAUGGCGAUGUGGUGGUGGUGCGGCCCAUGCGGGAGUACACUGCCAAGGAGGUUGCCUUCUACAACCGACUCUUCGGCGUCCCCACUGUCUUCAUGCCUGCCCUGGACACCAAGGUCCUGGAGAAGCCCAGCAUCCACCGGCUGGUCGAGCGCUUCCUCUACGCGCUGCAGGCCGAGUUCCCCUCCACAGUCAGCACCGUGUACCGGACGGGUGAGAAGCUGAGUGCGACCCUUGCAGACACCGCAGCCAAACCCGAGCACUGCCUCCUUUGUCUCUGUGUCCUGGACACCAGUGUGGUGGAGGGGUCCACGCUGCAGGCUUUGCUGAUCUCCGAGGAGCUGUCCCAGAAGAGACCACUGGACCUGCUGCCUGCCAGGGGCGGCUGCUGUGCCGGGGCAGGGGCACACAGGUGCUGUGGGAGCCCCCCAGCCUCCAGGACCAAGGCCUGGGCUGACUUCCUGCCAUUGCUGUGCUAUGGCUGCAGACUCACCAUCAAGGACAUGACCUGCCUGGAGCCACUCCCACCCUAUAUCCGGUCAGAGGCUGAGCGCAGGAGGCGCAGGGCUGCAAUAAAGCAGGAGAUCCAGGAGUACUUGCUGGAGGACGAGGCUGCGGAGCCCAAGAGCUGAGCCUGGCCCACGGUUGCCCCCAAGGGCAAUGCAUCAGGUCUCUUUCAAAGAAGAGAGGCAGCUCCCUGGGGGAGACCACUGCAUGGCUUAGGCCUGGGUUUCCCAGCAACUGGAGCCUUCAUCCCGUGCCCGUGCACUGGCCCCAGUCCACUCACUUAGCUCCAAGCAGCCUUUCAGCU